UUUGGAGAGUUUUGUUUUAUUGCAAACCACUGUGGGGAUGAAGCUUUAUAGCUUUGGAGUCCUUGUGACCGCCGUCCUGUUCUGCGAGCAGCAUGUCUUCGCCUUUCAGAGUGGACAGAUUUUAUCUGCUGUUCCUAGAACCUCCAGGCAAGUUGAAAUUCUGCAGAAUAUUACUACAACACACGAGAUUGUUCUCUGGCAGCCAGUAACAGCUGAAUUAAUUGCGAAGGGAAAAGAAGUCCAUUUUUUUGUGAAUGCAUCCGAUGUGAGCAAUGUGAAAGUCCAUUUAAAUGAGAGUGGAAUUCGACUCAAUGUCUUGUUGGAAAACGUGGAAGAUCUUAUCCGGCAACAGACUUCCAACAGCACCAUCAGCCCCCGGGCCUCCUCCUCCUACUAUGAGCGGUAUCACUCACUAAGUGAGAUCUAUUCUUGGAUAGAACAUGUGACUGAGCAGUAUCCUGAUACAGUUGAAAAAAUCCACAUUGGAUCAUCAUAUGAGAAGUACCCACUUUAUGUUUUAAAGGUUUCUAGAAAAGAACAAAGGGCCAAAAAUGCCAUGUGGAUUGACUGUGGAAUGCAUGCCAGAGAGUGGAUCUCUCCUGCUUUCUGCUUGUGGUUCAUAAACUCUGUAACUCAACAACAAGGGAAAGAAAAGCUGCAUACCAAUCUUCUGAGGCACAUGGAUUUCUAUGUUAUGCCGGUGGUUAAUGUGGACGGUUAUGACUACACGUGGAAAAAGAAUCGAAUGUGGAGAAAGAACCGUUCUAUUCAUGAAAACAAUCCUUGCAUUGGAACAGACCUGAACAGGAACUUUGCCUCCAAACACUGGUGUGAGGAAGGUGCCUCAAGUUUCUCGUGCUCAGAAGUCUACUGUGGACCUUACCCUGAGUCAGAACCAGAAGCGAAGGCAGUGGCUGAUUUCUUGAGAAGAAACAUCAACCACAUUAAAGCUUACAUCAGCAUGCAUUCAUACUCCCAGAAGAUAAUGUUUCCAUAUUCCUAUAGCAGAAGCAAAAGCAAACACCAUGAAGAACUGUCUCUAGUGGCCAGUGAAGCAGUCCAUGCUAUUGAGAGGGCUAGUAAAAAUAUCAGAUAUACGCAUGGCAGUGGUUCAGAAAGUUUAUAUCUAGCUCCUGGAGGUACGGAUGACUGGAUCCAUGACUUGGGCAUCAAAUAUUCGUUUACAAUUGAACUUCGAGAUAAAGGCAAAUAUGGAUUCUUGCUGCCAGAGCGUUACAUCAGUCCCACUUGUGGAGAAGCUUUUGCUGCUGUCUCUAAAAUAGCUUGGCAUGUCAUCAGGAAUGUUUAAUGUCCUUGAUUUUUUCCACUCUGUUCUCAUAUUUUAAUUUACUGAUUCCAGCUAAAUCAAAUUAUUGUACCAGUUUCUUUUUAUCAGUUUUCAUAAAAGGUUUUCCCAUUCCUUGGUUUUGGCAAAGAACAAAAUAAAUGCUACCUUAAAAUA